AUGCCUCUGUACGAGGGCCUGGGAAGCGGAGGGGAGAAAACGGCAGUGGUCAUAGACUUGGGAGAGGCUUUUACCAAGUGUGGGUUUGCUGGUGAAACUGGUCCAAGAUGUAUAAUUCCCAGUAUGAUAAAAAGAGCCGCUGUGCCUAAGCCUAUUAAAGUUGUUCAAUACAAUAUCAAUACAGAAGAAUUAUAUUCCUACCUGAAGGAAUUCAUCCACAUACUCUAUUUCAGACAUCUGUUGGUGAAUCCCGGAGACCGCCGAGUUGUGGUGAUUGAGUCGGUGCUAUGUCCCUCCCACUUCCGAGAGACACUUGCUCGUGUUCUUUUCAAAUAUUUUGAGGUUCCAUCUGUCUUGUUUGCUCCAUGUCAUCUAAUGGCUCUUCUGACGCUUGGGAUUAACUCUGCCAUGGUCCUGGAUUGUGGAUAUAGAGAAAGCCUGGUGUUACCUAUAUAUGAAGGCAUCCCAGUACUGAAUUGUUGGGGAGCACUUCCCCUAGGAGGAAAAGCUCUUCACAAGGAAUUGGAAGCUCAACUGUUGGAACAAUGUACUGUUGAUACAAGCGCUGCUAAAGAACAGAGCCUUCCCUCAGUGAUGGGUUCAAUUCCAGAAGGUGUCCUAGAAGACAUUAAAGUUCGCACUUGCAUUGUAAGUGAUCUCAAGCGUGGACUAAAUAUCCAAGCAGCAAAAUUUAACCUUGAUGGGAAAACUGAGCGCCCCACACCACCCCCAAAUGUUGACUACCCAUUAGAUGGAGAGAAGAUUUUACAUGUCCUUGGGUCAAUCAGAGAUUCAGUUGUGGAAAUUCUUUUUGAACAAGAUAAUGAAGAAAAAUCAGUUGCCACUUUAAUACUGGAUUCGCUUAUGCAGUGCCCAAUAGAUACAAGAAAGCAACUAGCAGAGAAUUUGGUAGUCAUAGGUGGCACAUCCAUGUUGCCAGGAUUUCUCCACAGAUUGCUUGCAGAAAUAAGAUACUUGGUUGAAAAACCAAAAUAUAAAAAAGCACUUGGCACGAAGACAUUCCGAAUUCAUACUCCACCUGCAAAGGCUAACUGUGUGGCCUGGUUGGGAGGAGCUAUUUUUGGAGCACUGCAAGACAUACUAGGAAGCCGAUCAGUCUCAAAAGAGUAUUAUAAUCAGACAGGUCGCAUCCCAGAUUGGUGUUCUCUCAACAACCCACCUUUGGAGAUGAUGUUUGAUGUUGGGAAAGCUCAGCCACCUCUGAUGAAGAGAGCAUUUUCCACUGAGAAAUAAAAGUUUGAUUAAAAUUCACCUUUGCUUGGUUUCAAAUAUUUAAUCAGUUAUAAGCAAACAGUACCAAGUAUGUAGGAUGUUUUGUUAUAGACAGUUUUGUUGAAAUGAAAGCAUUUACGUAUGCAUUAAUAGUUCAUUAUUUUGACUUUGCUUUUCUUGUGUGGUAAUAAUUUGGAAGCUGUUGCUUAUGUGAUUUGCUGUAUUUAUAUCAAUAAAGUAUAGUGAAAUACUUUAAUUUUGGAAA